AUGAAGAAGGAAGAGGAAGGUCUUCCAAUUUAUUCUUCAUUAGAGGAGUUUAUUGAAAUUAAUGGAGGAUUUAACGUUAUUAAAAAAAUCCUAGUUGCCACAAGUGGGCAAGCAGCAAUAAAGUGUAUAAGAUCUAUGAGGCAUUGGGCAUAUGUUACAUUUGGAAAUGAAAAAGCUUUUGAAUUUGUAGUUAUGGCCACCCCGGAAGAUAUCAAAAGCAAUUCAGAAUCUGUAAGUGAAGCUGAUUACUAUGUUGAUAUCCCGAUGGGCCCUAAUUAUCAUAAUUAUGCAAAUAUUGAAGUAAUUGUUUCGAUAGCAGAAGAGCACGAAUGCGACGCUGUUUGGCCAGGAUGGGGUCAUGCUUCUGAAAAUCCAGAGCUACCAAAGGCCCUUUUAAGGGCUAGAAGAAAAAUCAUUUGGAUAGGACCUUCAGCAGAGUCAAUGGAAACUGUGGGACAGAAAAUACAAUCAAAUAUUAUUGCUCAAUCUGUAAAGGUUCCAUGCAUCCCCUGGUCAGGAGAUGGAAUCUCUGUUAGUGUAGAUAAGGAGGGCCGGUUUAAAGGAGUUGUAUCUGAUGAGCUACUUCAGGCAGCGUGUGUUAACAGUACUCAAGAGUGUGUUGAGGUUUGCAAACGUAUUGGAUUUCCUGUCAUGAUCAAAGCUAGUGCAGGAGGUGGAGGAAAAGGUAUCAGGCUUUGCAAUUCCAUAGAAGACUUAGAAUCAAAGUACAGACAAGUUAUAAAUGAAGUAAAAGGCAGCCAAGUAUUUGUCAUGCGAGCAGUUACUAAAUGCAGGCAUCUUGAAGUUCAAAUACUAGGAGAUAAAUAUGGAGAUGUUUUUGCAUUAAGUACAAGGGACUGUACAAUACAAAGACGUCACCAAAAGGUUAUAGAAGAGGGGCCAGUAACAAUGGUAAGCCAAGAUAUUGUUAGAGAACUAGAAUUAUCUGCUGAGAGAAUGUGUAAAGCUGUAGGUUAUUCUUCUGCAGGAACAGUUGAAUUUCUAUAUGAUAUAGAACGCUCAUGCAUUGCUUUUUUAGAAGUGAAUGCUAGAUUACAAGUUGAGCAUGUUGUUUCUGAGGGAGUUGCUAAUUGCAACAUUCCUGCAGCGCAGUUACAAAUUGCAAUGGGAAUCCCAUUGAAGAAGAUUCGUGAUAUUGAAGAAUACAGAAAAUUAAGAAAACAGGGAAAUGUUCCUCCAAGGCAUAUUAUUGCGGCAAGAAUAACAUCUGAGCAUGCCGAGAAGGGAUUUACUCCAACUUGUGGAGAUGUGUUUGAAAUAUCUUUUAGAUCCUCACAAACAGUAUGGGGAUAUUUUUCAGUCGCUUCUCCAGGCCAUAUUCAUCAAUACUCUGAUUCUCAAUUUGGGCACAUUUUUGCUUUUGGAAUGAAUAGAGAAGAAGCAAGAAAACAUUUGAUUAUGGGUUUGAAAGGCUUGACUAUUAGAGGCGAGAUUAGAACAAAUGUAGAAGCAGUUUGCAGAAUAUUGGAAAACCAAGAUUUCAUUACUGGUAAUACAUACACACAGUGGCUGGAACAUAGUGUUUAUUUUUCAUCUCCUUUAACCAAAAAGGUUUCAACACAAUAUUUGAAUGCUGUGUUUGCAGCUGCGUGCUUUACAGGACUCAGAUACUUUAAGGAGAGUGAAGAUACAUUUGUAAGGAUGCUUGAGCAAGGACAGGCUCCAACUAGUAUCAAUAUCCAGUACGAAAUGACUCUAGUUCACAAAGGGAUGAAGUUUAUUUGUGAAAGCCACUUUAUUGGGCCUGAAAAUGUCAGAAUUGUCUUGAAUGGCAACUCUGUUACAGCAAAGGUACGUAAUAUCUAUCCGCCUAGUAUGCAAAAUGGGCGUGAUUCGUGCUAUUUAAUAUCAGGAGGGUUUGAUGGGAGGAAUAGAAAGGUUUUCUUCAAAAAGGAUGCUGAAGAUAAUUUAUUAGUUACAUUUGAUGGAACCACUUACACAUUUCUAAAGGAACAAGACCCUCGUCAAGUUAGGGCUCCAGUUAGUGGCAAGUUAGUGAGAUGGUUAAUACAAAACGGAGGUCAGGGCGAAAAAGGCCAGGCAUAUGUUGAAAUAGAAAUUAUGAAAACAUACAUGCAGCUCACUCUUUCUCAUAGUGGGAUUUUAGAACACGCAAAACCACAAGGGGCAUCAUUCAAUGUAGGUGAUAUUCUGGCAAUCUUAGAGCUCCCAAGCGAAUUUAUCCCUCCCACUUUGGAGCUAUAUCCACUCCCAUUCCCAAAAAUAGGAGGAGUUAAACCUCCAAAACUUGCCCUUGAAACAUUUUGUUCAGGGGGAUUCAGAGGAGGUCCGAGAAUGGUAGCUUUGGCAAAUUUCAGAGAAGGAAAGCAACAACUUCUAAAUGCGCUAAAUGGGUUUUUCCCAGCUUUCGAGGAUGUUAGGAGCGCACUUGGAAUGUUUUAUCAUGUUUUGGACCCAAUUAUGCCCUUCAUUGAACUUCAAGAAGCCUGUGAGGUUGCUACUCCGCUUAUACAAGUUUCAAUUAGAAGGAAAAUAACUGAUUUGAUAGAAGAUGUAUUUCAAACAUUCGAACAAUUGAGUAGGAACAGCUGGUAUGAACAGUUUGACAGGCAACUGGAUGCAUUUAUUCCUCAUAAUUCUUGCUUAGGAUCUGAUGUGUCAGACCAGUGCUUGAACUUGCUUGAAGAUAACGAUGACAUCGAGGAUGAAGGACAAUCACCGAAGGUUCUUCAAGAUAAAAGUCUUAAUUCUGAUAGUUCUGAAAUGCCAUCAAUGUUGUUUUCAAGCAAGGCUGAUGAACAAGAUUCGAAAAAUAUGAGUUUUACACAAGGUGAAAGUAAGGAAACCGAAAAAAUUCCAUUUCUCGAUGAGUCUCAACAAAAACAAAGUUUUCAAAAUCCUCUUAGCUUUAAUGCCUCUUCUAAAGAUUGCUCAAAAAAUAUUAAUUCUGUUUCGGAUCUGGAAAUAUAUAUAUUGGACUGCCUAAAGUUAGUUAGUGAUAUUGUGGAAGAAUCCAUCCAAGAUUCAGACAAUGAGAACAUCUCUGUUGAUGAGUUUGUUACCAUAAGAAACCAGUAUGAACCUUUAAUCCAUAUAAUAAGGAGAAAUGAAAAGGGGAGGUGGAUGAGACUUAUGUAUGAAUUGCAUGAAAUUAUUCUUAAAUACAUUGAAAUAGAGAAGCCAUUUGAAGAACGCUCCUCACUUGUCCCUGCACGUAUUAUUCCAAGUCUAAGAACUGAAUAUGAGUUGCCUGACCUGAUGCAAAUGGGUCGUUCUCAUCAACAGUUAAGAGUAAAAAAUGAGAUUAUGGAGGAAAUUGCAAAAGAAAUGGCAAAUAACCCAUCUUUACUUCAGUGCACUGCUCCAUUCAGAGAUACAAUCCACCAGAUAGCUGAACUAACAUCAACUGAAUACACGAAGGUUGCAGGAGCUUUCAGGUAUGUAUUAUUAAUGAAAGAAAAUGUGACAACAGUCACACAAAUCCAAUCGGUUGCAAAAAAAAUAUUUGAAUACAGCCAAUUCAUUUCAUUAACUCAGAUCCAUGGGCAACAUCUCAUUUCGAUUGCAAAUACUCCUUCUUCACCACUUCAAUAUCCAAUCAAUACAACUCCAUCAUUAUCUACUUGGAACGGUAUCCCUAAUUUGGGAGGUAAUCAGCAAACUUCUCUAUCAAAUAUUAUCGCAGAUUUGACUAAUUUUCCUGAUUUCACGCUUUUGGCAUGUAUUGGCCACCCAAAUCCAGUUAUUGGUAAAUUGGCUUUUGAAAUAUAUAUACGUCGUCACUAUGAAAGAUGUGGAUUAUCAUUUUAUGCUAUAAAGAGCAGAGGGGAAGCAUGGGAUAGCUCAGUUGAUAUUGGAACCCUAAAUAAUAGUAGUAUGCUUAUGGCAAACUGCCCAAACCUUAAGGGAGCGGUUCCUUUAAGAGGUGAAGUCCAGAAUUGUAACAGUAUUUUGGGAGUAUGGGCACACAAUGCUUUAACAACAUCUUCAUUUUUCCAAACUCAAUGUGAUCCCUUAAGAUCAAAUACACUAAAUAUCCCUGCAAUACAAAGUAGUACAGACCAAUAUGACGAAAACGAAAGCAACGCUAAAACUAGAACAUUAAGUAGGCUAGAGUCAAUUAACACGUAUCAGAAUAUUAACUCAAAGUGCAAUAUAAAAGGUGCAGUACAUAAUGAAAAUAGCCGAUGGAAAAGUAUGCUAAAUGCAUUUAGUGGGCAAAGCUUAAGCAGUAUUGCAGAUGAUUUAUUGGAGGAGUCUCUUCCUAUUCAAACCACCAUUGGGCUUUAUUUUGAAUCAAUUUCUGAUUUCCAAGAACGAUUUGAACAGUGUGUUGAUGAAUUGAAGAUUUUACAUGGGUUUUUCCCUCAAAUAUCUUCAUCUGUUGAUUCUAUGGUCAUGUUAGUUAUUUUGUCUAGCUUCUCCAACGGGGAGAUAACUACUGAGUCAGAAACAGCUUCUAUUUACGAUGAAAUAGAUUCUUCCUCUAUUGAAACUCAGUCAAAUUCCAGGGAUAUUGUAGAGAUUCUUAGAAGUACUUUAAACAGGUACCAAGAUAAACUCUACAGCAAUAAUAUACAUAUGAUUUCAUUUACAGUAGCUCCAUAUUCAGAUCAAAACAAACCCGAAUCACUUUCUGCAAGUUUGGUUUAUCCAAAAACUCCUCUUCAUUAUCAUUUCAGAUCUAUAAAAGGAAUUCCAAUUAAUAAAUAUAACUCCCAAGAGUUGGAAUCUAAUUUAUCUUUAGAAGAUAGCCUAAACAAUCAAGUUGAAAAUAUCGAAACAGAAGAGUUAGAGAACAACUAUUUUACAGAAGAGCCAUUUAUUAGAAAUAUUUCAAGUACUUUACUUUCUACACUCGAGCUAAAAAGGUUGCGUUACUUUACAAUAAAACCAAUCCCAACAUCAAUUUCUGGAAUUAAUUUGUAUGUUGGCACACCGAGAGAGCUAUACUCAGGUCAUUCUGUAAUUAGUAAGCGUAAAGAAACCGAAAAUAAGGAAAACAAUUCUUCAUUGAAGAAUGGGAGUUCAAAUAUCAGUAAAUCUCAUGAAGUUGACUUAGAAAAGCAUAUUAAGCUUGCUGAAUCAAACGUUUCUCUUGAGAAGACAAACAAUUCUGGUUCUCAUAUUAAACAAAUAAUUGCAACAAAGGAAGUGGAGAAUGAAAAUUUGGCAAACAAAUCUAACAAUAAUUUAAAUAAAAAACCUGUAAUAAGUAAAAUAUCUGGAUAUAAUAAACAAAGAAGAUAUUUUAUGAGAGUUUUAGUACAACAUGAAUGUAGUGAAUCAUACUUUGAGGAGCAGGAAAGAUACUUUAUAGCUGCGCUCAGUACUCUAGAAUCUUGGCUAUCUUUUGACCAAAAUUACUCUAAUACAAGCUCAGGAUCAAGAGGUAUAGCAGGUUUAAAUCAUCUUCUUUUUACCUCUGUUGGAGUUUUAAAUGAUAGGAACUCGGGUUAUAUUACUACCAGUAUGGCAGAAGAGGCAGCAAGAACAUUAGUUCAGCGAUAUUCACAACGAAUACAACAAAGUUCUCUUCAAACAAUCGAGUUCCGUUAUAUUCAAAGGUCGGUAUACCAAAAAGACAGCAAUAACGUGGUUGUACCUGUUCGGUUUGUGGUGGAUAAUCCAACAGGGCAAGCAAUUCGAUUACGCAGCUUCGUUGAGAUAAAGAAUCCAACAACAAAUGGAGGAAAAGUGUUUGCAGCUAUUGAUUCUAAACAUUCCUUCUUAAACUUUUUAUCAACAAGUAAAUCUGACAAAUCUUUCAGUCUACCUGGACUUCAACAAUCAAGUAGCCUCAUGGAAAUUUCUAAUGUGAAUAAAGACUCUAGAAUUCUAACCAGUAAUGAAAAUAUGGUCCCAAAUUUGGCCUUGCAUCAACAUGAACACAUUUAUGAUGGCAAGCCUCUCGAUAUUCCUCAUCCUCUUAUAGGAAAAAUUGAUCAGAAAAGGUACCAGGCAGCAGAGUUAAACACAGUUUAUAUAUAUGACUUCUUGGAUCUAUUUGAAGAAGCAAUUAAGAGUUUAUGGAAGAAAUGCCCAAAGUACUUUGUUACCACGCCUUCUAGUGUUUCACUAUCUAAAUCAAACAUAAAAUCAGCAAUAGCUGGUGGCUCUUCUACAACAGGAAUUUCAACCAACUGCGAAUCAAGUAUUGAGCAUUCAAGUGGCAAGGCUGCAUUUUUGCCUAAUAAACUUUUAGAAUAUGUGGAAUUAGAUAUAAAUAGGGACACAGGGGAGUUAGAAUGCGUUAGCAGAGAACCUGGGAACAACACCUGUGGGAUGGUUGCAUGGUGUUUAACUAUGCAUACUCCAGAGUAUCCAAAAGGUAGAAGAGUAAUUCUCAUAGGAAACGACAUAACUUAUCAAAUGGGAACUUUUGGUAUCCAGGAGGAUCUUUUGUUCCAAAGAGCAUCUGAAUACGCAAGAAGUUUGGGAAUACCAAGAAUAUUUAUUGCAGCAAAUAGUGGUGCUAGAAUGGGGUUAGCAACUGAGGUUCAAAGAUGUAUGAAGGUUGAAUUUGUUGAUCCUGAAAACCCUGUUAAAGGCUAUAAGUAUUUAUAUGUUACAGAAGAGGACUAUAAUAAAUUCGGCUUGCAAAAUAGCAUUAAUUACGAAGUAUUAGAACACCCAAAAGAUGGAAAAAUAUACAAGAUUACAGAUGUUAUUGGAUCUCAAUUGGGGCUUGGUGUUGAAAACCUUUCGGGAAGUGGAGGAAUUGCAGGCGAAACUUCAAAGGCAUCAAAAUCAAUUAUGACAAUCACUUACGCUACUACUAGAACAGUUGGAAUUGGAGCUUAUUUAGCAAGGCUUGGACACAGAGUUAUUCAAAAAGCUCAUGGAGCUCCGAUCGUACUUACAGGAUACCAAGCUCUAAAUAAAGUAGCAUCAAAAGAGAUUUAUAGUAGCAAUGAUGAAUUAGGAGGUACAGAAAUUAUGGCAAAGAAUGGAGUAACACAUCUUGUUGUUAAAGAUGACCUUGAGGGUUGCGUAGAAAUACUCAAAUGGUUGAGCUAUGUACCAGAAUGUGUUGGAGGAAGGCUUCCAAUCAUGGUUGACCCAACAGAUCCCAUAUAUAGGAGCAUUACUUACUCUUGUAAUAGUAAUACUGAAGAUCCAAGAUUAAUGCUCACUGGAUGUGUAGACUCAAGGGGACGUUGGUUAUCUGGGCUAUGCGACAAAGAUUCUUUCAAAGAGGUAAUGAGUGAUUGGGCAAAAAGCGUAAUAGUUGGUAGAGGAAGAAUUGGAGGAAUACCUGUUGGAUUUAUUUUAGUAGAAACAAGAGUUACUGAAUAUGUUCAGCCAGCAGAUCCAGUAAUGCCCCAUACUAGCGAACUUAAAGUUACUAGGGCAGGGCAAAUAUGGUUCCCUGAUUCUGCAUAUAAGACUGCACAGGCAAUUCGUGACUUUAACAUGGAAGAACUUCCAUUGAUAGUUCUUGCUAAUUGGAGAGGAUUCAGUGGAGGCCAGAAGGAUAUGUUCGACCAAGUACUCAAGUUCGGAUCCUACGUAGUUGAUGAGCUUGUCAACUAUAAACAACCUUGCUUCGUUUAUAUACCUCCAAAAGGAGAACUACGUGGAGGAGCUUGGGUAGUAGUGGACUCAAAUAUUAACCCAGAAUUCAUUGAAAUGUAUGCAGAUCCUACAGCGAGAGGAAGCGUUCUGGAAGCUGCUGGAAUAGUUGAAAUCAAGUUCAGAAGCAAAGCGCUUAAAGAAUGGAUGAUGAGAUUAGAUCCAGAAUUACUUUCCCUUCAGGAGAAAGAUCAGCUACUUCAUCUUAAAGGCUAUCCAAUAGACUCUUCUGAGAGAAGUUCAAUAAAAGAAAAAAUUAAUAAAAGAUGUAGUUUACUCCAUCCAGUUUAUCACGCCGCAGCUAUUCAUUUUGCAGAUUUGCAUGAUACUUCUAAUAGGAUGAAGGCUAAACAAGCAAUACAUGAUAUUGUUCAAUGGAAAAACGCCAGAGUUUUUUUCAUCCACCGUAUAAAAAGACAACUACUGCUUUUCUCUUUAAGAUCUGAUAUCUCCCAAAAACUUGGAAUUUCUCUUACUGAUUCUCAGAAUGUGGUUUUCCAAUGGGCUAUUCAAGAUGGAAUAGACCCAAAUAACAAUACUCAAUUUAUUCAAUGGAUUUGCCAUAGUGCCAAUAUUAUUGAACAAAGGAUUUCUCAGCUCUCUAGCUCUGAUAUAAAGUAA